CUGGCGGACAUUUAAGGUGUGAGCCCCACUCCAGCCCGCUGCUGUUCCGCUAGGAAAGAUGGCGGUUCGGGAGAAGGCUGGGCAAGAGAUGAGUCUAGCGGCGCUGCGGCAGUCUGACCCCUAUAUCAGUAACAUAGUGGAUGUGACCGGGCACGUCGCUCUCUAUCGCUUCAGCCCCAAAGCCAAUGAGUGGGAGAAGACAGAUGUGGAGGGGACCUUAUUUGUGUACACAAGAUCUGCCUCCCCGCACCAUGGAUUCACCAUCAUGAAUCGGCUAAACAUGCACAACCUCGUGGAACCCGUGAACAAAGAUCUGGAAUUCCAGCUGCAUGAGCCCUUCCUGCUGUACCGCAAUUCCAGCUUGGCCAUUUACAGCAUCUGGUUUUAUGACAAGAUCGACUGCCAGCGGAUAGCAAAACUGAUGACGCAAGUGGUCCAGCAGGAAUCGGAAAGAGCAAAGACCUGGAAGAAUCCCAGUGCUGUGAAUGGCUGCACGGACCGACCCAUAGACAUUCUGGAGAUGCUCAGCAAGGCCAAGAAUGAAUAUGAACAGGGCCAGGGGCUGAAUGACAGUGGGAAUGGAUCUUAUUCUGAGAAGCCAAACUAUAAAAAGGCGGACAGUUUGGAGGCCCCAGAAAACUCUGCUCCUGCACAAGAAAAGGCCGUACACAAACAUCUCACAGUUGAAGAACUAUUUGGAACCUCGGUAACGAAAGAGCAGCCGGCGGCCAAUUGUUACCCCAGUUUGGAGCCAAGCGACAGGCGCCCCCAAUUGUAUGCCCCCGCCUCCUGCGAGCAGCCAUCGCCAGUGGUGGUGAAGGCAGCUUGUGCUUCUUUCAAUGCCGUUGCCAGUGACUUUAGCCACCCUGCGUGUGUGGCGCCCACAGUAUUUGCCCAAGGCCCGGGCCAACGGCCGCCAUCACAGGCAGUGGCAAACCUAAUCAGUUUAAGCCCCAGUCUGGGUAUAGCAACUGCCCCAGAAGGGCUGAUAAGUGCCAUUCAAUCUGCCCCUGGGCAGGUCUCACCCCUCCUGAGCCAACCUGUACCAGAAUGGCACCUCCUGCCCCCACUGGCACCAGUCAGCUCCAGCAGUGUUGUUAACUCUUCCCAUUCCGGGGCUGAUCUUCUCCACAAGCUGAAGCUGAUUCCGCACACAGACCAGGUCCAAACGCAGCCCUUAAGCAAAGCCUCCAUUGCCCCAAAAUUCUCUUCUGCCCUGGGCCAGCUGGCUACACCCGAGAGCUUUAAAGGAGGCAUAAUGAAGCCUGUUCCAAGCACCGGCCUAGUUAUGGCGCCUCUUCAGAAUGUACUUGACAAGAAAGAAUGUGAGGUUCUUCCCCAGCCCAAGUGCUUACCCAAGGUGGUAUCGGCAACUCCAUAUGUAGCUCAAAUGAGCACAGUUGGUCCCUCAGUCCUCAUGUCGCCCAGUGUCUUCCAUCAGUCGGUCCAAGAAGAAAAGGCCAGAAUGUCGCCCAUUGACUCAGCGCUGUCUGAUCCUUCAAAGUUUGUCCUGAGUAGAUCCCAGCUCCAAGAAACACUAAUCCAUCUCAUAAAGAAUGAUUCCGGCUUCCUGAAUUCACUUCACGACGUCUAUUUACAGCUUUACGCAAAGAGCGCGGAUAACGGCAAGUUAUAGCAAUGAACCGCGGGUCCUCAUUAACCCUGAAGGCCCAGGGGGAUGCACUGACACUGACUGGCGCCAGCCUUACACCCACAAAAAGUUUCGUUCCUCAGUCCAAUCGGCUGCUCUGCCUGCGGGGGACACAACCUGAUUGUAUAGUUUCCACUGAACAGAAUCAAGAGUUUCAAUUGGACAUUUCGUAUAAAACACUUCACUUUACUGAAACGAGGGCAGAAUCCCCAAUUUCCCUUCUCUAGAGCUUUACUCUGUUAAUGGCAAACGAAACAAGAUUCCAUAAUGGCGGGGCACAGGCAAAGGGUAGGGAAGGGACAGCAAUGGGGGCUCUGUGUUUGUUUUUAGGGUGCUAUUUAUUGCAGUGGAAAGACUAAAUGUGUGUCAGAGCUCCUAAUUGUAUUUUGGAGUAAAGCACAACAAUUCCACUGUAAUAUUCCCAGUAGCCCAAUGGCCUCUGUGCCGUAUUGGCUACUGCAGACUUAUCUCUGCACUUUGUAUGUUCAGAUAUCCCGGCCCACCAACCCCAGGCUGGUUCUUAUUAGAAUCUCAUAUUCGGCCCAUAUAACCUGCAGCACUGGAUCCUGUAUCAGGGAUCUGGUAGAUCAAACCCAGGGAUCCAGAAGGUCCAUGGUUGCUAACUGAUUGCUGUCCCACACACACUACUGGAUCCCUAUUCCUGUCCUUCGAAAUAAAAGAUCUCCCCGACAGCCUUAGUCAGCUGAUAGCACUACAGCCUUUUCCCUCCUUUUAAAGGGGAAGUAAAGACAUUAUCACUGGGCCGUGACCAUUUAUUUACCCCCCAGCAGCACCAACCCAGGGUCUCAGGGAAACUCGUGCUUUUGUUCCCAGUUAACAUGGCCCCUUGGAUGUUCCGCCCAGAAUCAGAGCCAUUUGGGCCACGGAGAAAGUGUUCCAGAAACGUAUUUAUUGGGUAAAAACACAAUUGGUUUUAAUUCGUUCAGAUUUCGUUUUAAGCUUUGUCUUGUGUCAUUUACAAUGUGCUUUGUUUUAAAGUUUCUUUUAAGAUCAGGAAAUGCAGAAUUUUAAAACCCAUUUGUUAAGUUUGAUUUUUUUUUUUUUGAUGGGAGAAAGUGACGGCGGCCAUAGGUUCCUCCUGUUCCCUGUGGGGUCGGGCGAGUGCAGGUUGGCCCCAUGUCAGGCUGUUUCCAUAUAAAACUGCUUAGAGUCGCCUCCCAGAUCCCUGCACUGCUGUUUGUGACUCCGUAGAAAGUCAGUGGGAAUCUGCAGAGAGGGGCGGCCAGGUUGGGGCAGUUACUGUGUGUGUAAAGGCCAUUCGGGCAAAGAUCGGCUCGUUUGGGGUGGGCAAUUAGGGUGGAACCGAUCAUGUGACCCAUCAUAAUAGGUAGCAAUGUGGGCUGUAGGGAGAGGGCCAAAUCCACAAGCCAAGGGGGUCCUUAUACCCACGGGGUGUUUAAACCUGACUGAUCUGCCCAAUGUUGGCCAUACUGUAUAUCAAUGGGGGCAAAUCAGCAGCUUUAAUCUGCCAUGAGAACUAGCGGCAAAUUCUACCUGCCCCUAAUUUAGCUCUCUGUCCAUUUUUCACAUUUAAGGGAGUUGGUUGCCUUUAGUUAACUUUUAGUAUGUUAUAGAAUGGCCAGUUCUAAGCAACUUUUCAAUUGGUCUUCAUUUUUUACUUUUUAGUAUUUGCCUUCUUCUUUUAACUCUGCAGCUUUCAAAUGGGGGUCACUGACCUCGGCAGCCAGAACCUAUUGCUCUGUGAGGCUUCAGUUUUAUUGUUAACAUUUUAUAACCUAUUUUUCUAUUCAGUCCCUCUCUCCUAUUUAUAUUCCAGUCUCCCAUUUAAACUGCUCCCUGGUUACUAAGGUCAUUUGAACCCUAGCAACCAGAUAGCUGCUGAAACACCAAACUGCAGGGCUGCUGAACAAAAAGUGAAAUAACUAAAAAAAAAACUACAAAUAAUAAAAAAUGAAGACCAAUUGCAAAUUGUCUCAGAAUAUCACUCUCUACAUCAUACUAAACAUUAACUCAAAGGUGAACAAACCCCAUGUGUAAUAGGGGCGAUUUGGGGGGAAACUUGGACAAACGCACGUGUGGGAUUAUUCUGUGUAUAAAGUAGAAGUGUUGGAAUAUUCCGGCUGAAUGGAGGUGCCGUAUGGUCCCACCUUAACAACAUCGUGUUCCGUUUUAACCCCGCAUGUCGCAAACACACAGAAACCCUCCUGGGGGUUAUAUAUGUGUGUGUAUAUAUAAUAUAUAUAUAGUUACUGCUUUGAUGAUAACCCCUAUAAGGGGGGGAGGAAUGAGGAAAGUGCCCCCCGUGUUGGCACUGAUGGGAGGGGCUUCUAUCUGACUGUAAUACAAUCACGCACAUUAUGUUACACGGCGCAGGGCUUUUCAUUCAAAUUUGUGUCGCAAAUCUAUUUUUUUAACAAAGUUCCUAUUAAUAAAUAUUUCAGCAUUUACGCAA